AUGCCUCUUUGUGGGUCGAGCUCGUCAUCGAAGCAUCCAAUAGAACGUAAGAUAGUGAUUCUAGGUGAUGGUGCGUGUGGUAAGACUUCGUUAUUAAAUGUGUUCACCAGAGGGUAUUUCCCUAAGGUUUACGAGCCAACCGUUUUCGAGAAUUAUAUUCAUGAUAUUUUUGUUGACAAUCAGCAUAUUACGUUGAGUUUGUGGGAUACUGCGGGGCAAGAAGAGUUUGAUCGUUUGCGAUCUUUAUCAUAUUCUGACACGCAUACUAUUAUGUUAUGUUUUUCUGUUGAUUCCCGGGAUUCAUUGGAAAAUGUUAAAAACAAGUGGGUUGGUGAAAUUGCAGAUCAUUGUGAGGGUGUGAAGCUUGUUCUUGUUGCGUUGAAGUGCGACUUGAGAAGUAGUGAUGAGUAUGGGAAUGAAAAUGCGAUUACACCGGGUUCUAUACAGAGUCAGAAGUUCAGUGGGGGUAAUGGCAAUGGGUUGAUUCCGUAUGAAGAGGGUUUAGCAAUGGCGAAGCAGAUUGGAGCAUUACGCUAUUUGGAGUGCAGUGCUAAAAUGAACAGAGGUGUUAAUGAAGCCUUUACAGAAGCUGCACGUUGUGCUCUGAAAGCCACACCCAAGGGGGCUAGAGACUCGGUUCAUGAAGCAGAAAGUGGCGGUUGUACAAUCAUGUGA